AGACACUUUGUUUCUUAGCAGUUUCAUGAGAACAUAACGUUUGUAUUUAUAUGCUUUAGUCUACAACUCCGGACGAAGUUUAUGACUUUUCAACGGAGGGUUUCUCUAGUCAAACCAACUAAACAAAGAAACAAAAACAAACUGAGUAAAGCUGAACAUCUCUGCUACGACAACUAAUCAACUGUUCAAUGGAUUCAAUGGUGAAGAAGUUAAAGAACAAUCUGAGUUCUGGUUCGUUUCGGAAGAACAAGGAAAGAAGCAUAAAGAAGCAAAUGAGAUUCUUGGAGAAUGGAAGCAUCUUACUCAAAGAACUCAUCGCUGAUUGCAACGGUAAAACCAUUCCUAUACGCAGCUUUUCCUCUUCUCAGAUCCUUAAAGCUACCAACCACUUCGACGCCAGUUGUUCUAUCGCCCAAGAAGGGUUCUACAUAUGGUACAGAGGAGUUAUCGAAGAUAGAUCUUACAUGAUCAAAAGAUUCUCCGAGUAUAAAGUCACUGAUCGCAGAGUAGGAGAGGUUUACAAAGACAUAGUCUUGUCUGCUCGGAUGAGCAGCCACAGCAACUUUCUUAAACUACUAGGAUCUUGUCUCGAGUUCCCUUUUCCAGUUCUUGUUUUUGAACAUGCAGAACAUGGAGUCUUGAAUCCUCGAGGAGGUGUUACCACCAUUAACGGGGAGGAAUCUUUACUGCCUUUGAGUUUGAGGCUAAAGAUUGCAAAGGAGAUUGCGAACGCUUUGGCUUAUCUUCACAUGGCCUUCCCUAAGAUCAUCAUAUAUAGAGAUGUUAAACCGAUGCACGUUUUCUUGGACAAGAACUGGACCGCAAAGCUGUCGGAUAUGUCUUUCUCAAUAUCGCUCGAGGAAGGAAAAUCACAGAUAGAAGCUGAAGACGUGCUGGGUACGUACGGGUAUCUAGAUCCGUUAUAUUUUGCAACAUUGGUUGUGUCGGAGUAUACUGAUGUGUACAGCUUUGGAGUCUUGUUGAUGGUUCUUCUCAGUGGUAGAUCGGUUUACUUCACCGUAUCUGAUGGCUAUCAGGUAGGUAUUCUUGAAUAUGUGAAAGGGUUAAACGAGGUUGGGAAGCUCAUUGAAGUAAUUGAUCCUAUGAUGAUGAAAGAUGUUACGAGUGCUCAAAGAUUGCAGGUGGAAGCUUGUGUUUUACUUGCAGUGAGAUGUUGUAAGGAGAGGGAUGAAGACCGACCGAAGAUGAUCCAGGUAGCUAAAGAACUCAAGCGGGCUGAAACAUCAUUUCUAAGGGAUCCUCUGUUCUGACACAACUUUUAUUACAUUUUUUUCAUGGACAAGAAUAUAAUAGAUAGCCAAAGUACACGAUCCUUACAUAUAACAUGUGAAAGAAGUUUGAAAGACAAUAAGAUUUAAAACAAUUUAACAUGUAAUAGAUAGAAAGUCUGUACACCACUCUGUUUUUUUAA